UUUUAAGUCACAAUAGAAUUUGAAGUGUCAAAAUAAACCGCAGAAAGUAACGAAAAUAUAAAAAGUUUAAAUGGAUCCGAGUAUUUUCUUUUAUUUAAGUUCCAGCGAUGAAGAAAAUAAUGAAAGAGUUGUGCGAAAACAACUUCGAGACAAAAGCAAUCCGCUAGCAUUAUCAAACAAUGCGUUUAUCCAAAGGUUUCGCUUAAGCAAAGAAGCAUUUAAUUAUGUUUUAAAUAACAUAAAUAUAAAUUGCCAAGACACAAAAGCUGUUCCGGCGGUGCUCCAACUGGCUGCGUGUCUCAGCCUACUCGCAAGUGGUGGCUAUCAGCAUGCAAUAGGCAAUGACUAUUUGAUAGGAAUGUGCCAGAGCACUGUCUCGAAAUUAACGGGCAAUGUUUUGGAAGAAAUUGAAGCCAAAUUGUGUCCUAAACAUAUUAAAUUUGAGCCAGAUGAUUCGAGAAGGUGCAAAGAGUGGUUUGUUGAGAACUAUCAAAUUCCAGGAGUGGUUGGAUGCAUUGAUGGCACCCACAUUGGACUACAAAAGCCCACGGUCAACGAGCAUAUGUAUUUCAACAGGAAGGGUUUUCAUAGCAUAAAUGCGAUGUUGAUUUGCGACCACACUACGAAAAUUCUCGCAAUAAACUGCCAAUAUGGGGGUGCAGCCCACGACUCAUUCAUAUGGAAGCAUUCAAACGAACGAAUGGUUAUGGAACAUCGUUUUUUGCACAAUAGGAGUGACAAUGCCUGGCUGCUAGGGGACUCUGGAUAUCCACUUGAGCCGUGGGGCAUAACACCGUACAGAAAUCCAUCGGACGGAUCAGGUGAAGCAAGCAGCGAAGCUUUAUUUGUUGUCCUUCUUCGUGGAGUUGGAACGACUAGACGAGAAGGCGUACAGGAAGCAGGGCAGUUGGAGGAGGAACGACUUAGAACACUCCUGCUUGAGGCCGAAGCACUUGAUGCUGGUCUUGAAGCAACUGCGACUGGUGCAGGUUGUGAACUACCGUAUGUUUGCACCAUGCGGUUUCCUGAAACAGAUGCUUCAAGACCAGCAGCUUCAACUAUUAGCUCCUCAGCUGGAGUUAAAGCCCUCUGCUGGUAA